UGGCCUGUGUCACUGCUGCAGCUGACGGACACCGGGCAGCUACCGGGGCAACUCCGUUGGGCUCAUCGGGGGGCAGGUGCUCUGGAGCCCUCCCUGGCCGCCUUCCUCCUUGGGGCCGAGUCGGGCUCGGGGUGUGUUGCGGGGCCCCCGCGGCUCAGGGAAGGCGAGGCGGGCACGAAGGAACUAGGCUUUUCGGAUGCUUCAGCCGGAAAACGUAGCAUCUCAGGACGGGGAAAAUGAAAGACUUUGGAAGUCGCCAGGAAUUUGACUGUGAGCUGGUUUCCAAGAGGCUAAGUUAAGCUUCUCCAAGUGGAUAUUAAAAAGGAGCAGCAGGCCUGGCGGAGGGGCUGGAGGGGGUGGAGAGAAGGCUGCCGGAAGCUGCUCGCUGCUCCGGGAGCCACCGCGUACAAAGCCCAGACGGAGGUCCGGCCGGGACCCUGGGGCUGCGGGAGGCUCGCGGCCCACGACCGCCUCCGCCCCGCCUCCUCUCCUUUAGGUCUCUGCCUCGGUCCCUUCUCCCUCCGGAGCCGAGAGACAAUGUUACUUCAGUUUGGGGCACAAACAUAUGAUCAGCACAUGGAAAUGUGGUAAUUUGGAUGCAUUCGUGAUUGCAACAGAUUGAAGAAAUUAGACCAGACAAAGAGUGUUUUUGGAGGAGGAGGCAGAAGGAGGGAGGGCGUCGGGGGUGAGAAGGGGAGGACGCCUCUGGAAAGGGGGACGCCGGGACUCCCGCCUGCUGCUAAAUAUAUCCGUAGUAAUGGAGAGAGACCGGAUCACAGCCUUGAAAAGAUCUUUUGAGGUCGAGGAGGCCGAGACGCCCAACUCUACCCCGCACCGGAGGGUCCAGACCCCCGUGCUCCGGGCCACUGUGGCCAGCUCCACCCAGAAGUUCCAGGACCUGGGUGUGAAGAACCCCGAGCCUGCAGCCCGCCAUGUAGACUCCCUCAGCCAGCGAUCCCCCAAGGCUGCGCUGCGGAGGGUCGAGCUCUCGGGGCCCAAGACCGAGCCCGUGUCCCGGCGCACGGAGAUCUCCAUCGACAUCUCGUCCAAGCAGGUGGAGAACGCGAGUGCCCCCGGGCCAUCUCGCUUUGGGCUCAAGCGAGCGGAGGCGCUGGGCCACAAGACGCCAGAGCCCGCCCCUCGGAGGACGGAGAUCACCAUAGUCAAGCCCCAGGAGUCAGCACACCGGAGGAUGGAGACCCCUGCCUCCAAGAUCCCCGAGGUGCCCGCAGCCCCCACUGCGGACGUAGCCCCCAAGAGGGUCGAGAUCCAGGUGCCCAAGCCAGCCGAGGUGCCCGCCUCCCCCAUCCCACCCCAGACCCUGGAGAAUUCAGAACAUGCCCUGAUGUCUCAGCUGCAGAGCAGGCUGGAGCCCAAGCCCCAGCCCCCCGUGGUCGAGGCCCCACCCAAGAGCCAAGAGGCCCCCGAGGCAGCUCCUGGCUGCACUGGCGACAUGGCCGACACCCCCAGAGACGCCGGGCUGAAGCAGGUGCCCGCGCCCCGGAAUGAGAAGGCCCCUGCGGACUUCGGCUAUGUGGGGAUCGACUCCAUCCUGGAGCAGAUGCGCAGGAAGGCCAUGAAGCAGGGCUUCGAGUUCAACAUCAUGGUGGUCGGGCAGAGCGGCUUGGGGAAGUCCACCUUGAUCAACACCCUCUUCAAAUCCAAAAUCAGCCGGAAGUCGGUGCAGCCCACCUCGGAGGAACGCAUCCCCAAGACCAUUGAGAUCAAGUCCAUCACGCAUGAUAUCGAGGAGAAGGGUGUCCGCAUGAAGCUGACGGUCAUCGACACGCCGGGCUUCGGGGACCACAUCAACAAUGAGAACUGCUGGCAGCCGAUCAUGAAGUUCAUCAACGACCAGUACGAGAAGUACCUGCAGGAGGAGGUCAACAUCAACCGGAAGAAGCGCAUCCCGGACACGCGCGUCCACUGCUGCCUGUACUUCAUCCCUGCCACCGGCCACUCCCUCAGGCCCCUGGACAUCGAGUUUAUGAAGCGCCUCAGCAAAGUAGUGAACAUUGUUCCCGUCAUCGCCAAGGCCGACACGCUGACCCUGGAGGAGAGGGUGUACUUCAAACAGCGGAUCACUGCAGACCUGCUGUCCAACGACAUCGACGUGUACCCCCAGAAGGAGUUUGACGAGGACUCGGAGGACCGGCUGGUGAACGAGAAGUUCCGAGAGAUGAUCCCGUUUGCUGUGGUGGGCAGUGACCAUGAGUACCAAGUGAAUGGGAAGAGGAUCCUUGGAAGGAAAACCAAAUGGGGCACCAUCGAAGUUGAGAACACCACCCACUGUGAGUUUGCCUACCUUCGUGACCUCCUUAUCAGGACGCACAUGCAGAACAUCAAGGACAUCACCAGCAGCAUCCACUUCGAAGCUUACCGCGUGAAGCGGCUGCACGAGGGCAGUGCUGCGUCCAACGGCGUCGAGGAGAAGGGGCCCGAGGCUCAGGAGAUGUAGACCCGCCCUGCCCACGGGACCCCGCCCCUAGUCCUUCCCAGCACCACCCCCAGGCCAGCCCACAUGCCCCAUUUUAUUUUAUUUUAUAUAAUUUUCUCCACUUGUCAUCGUUCCGCCCCUUUACACGCCUCCAAGUAACAAGGUCACAUGCGCCCUCCUGAGUCUGUGCGCUCUCAGCCGCUGACUGCGGGGCCCGGGCCGGGCGGGGUCUCGGACAGGAGGCCGUCCCUCUGACCGUCCCCGAGGUCUGGGAGAGGCUGGGCCGCGGCUGGGAGGGGCCGGAGAGGACCCGCAGGUUCCCCGCCAGCCCCGGGUGCCAGGUGCAGCUCCCGGUCGCCCUCAGCCCCAGCCUCUGAGCGAGGCAGGCUGGUUCGGGGAGCCGGCGUGGUGGACCUGGAGCCCUUUCCUGCCCCCUCCUUCCUGCACGGCCCAGGCCAUAACUCAGACCCCUAACUCAGAGAGCCCCCGCCCUUGCCCCGAUCAAGGGAAUACUUAAUUCCAUGAGAUGCGAGUUGCCAAUUGCUUAGACACAGGGAGGCCCAUUGCCUGCUGCCCGCCCGCCCGCGAGCCCGUCCCGGAGCAGAAAGUGCCUUUAUCUCAGCCGUCCACGAGCCAGCCUUCUCUCCCCUGCUGUCCCUGCCACCAGAACUGGGGACAAGUCGGAGAGAGGGAGGUGUGUCUUCAUUUCUCCAUCGCCCCCCACCCCCAGAUUUGAUUGAGCAUGCAAAGGGAGGAAAAAGAUGCACCCCACUCCAGCCCACCCCCGUGAUUUUGGGGAAGGUCCAAGCAGGUGAAUCUGGUGGAGGAACUGAGGGAGGGAGAGGGGGCCAUGCGGGAAGGAGAGGGCUGUGUGGGCCGGGGCUUGGCCUGUUCAGCCCACGUGACUCCAGCGCCUGCCCUGCCCCUUGUGAUUGGGAGAGUGUGUGUUUCUGUCCGUCUGUCUGUCCAGAAAUGUCUGUUUAGACAUCUCUUUGGCCUAAGAGGCUCUGGUUAAAUUACGCCCAGGUGGUACACAUUCAGCCGUCCUGGCCCAGGCCUUGCUGACACCUUGACCCCAGGAGCUUUCCGUUGCCCUAAAGAUGCCUGGGCUCCUGCACCCGAGAGCCCAUCGUAAAGACCCCCCAAAGAGGGAGAGGUCAGGAGGCAGGUGUGCGUGGCCCCUCACGGGGCUGCAGCCCAGCAUUUGACAAGCAUGGCUCAGCCAGUCCCUCCUGCUCCCUCACCCUCUGUCUCCACGGGGAGACCAGCAGGGAGCGUCCGAGCCGCACAGGGCAGACGGCAGCCUGCCUUCUGGAGAGCGAGGGGCCUGGCGCAGGUCAUGAGAUGAGACGCAGGGGAGGUACACGUGUGUCUGCACACCCCAGGCUGGCUUCUUGCAGCCCGUGAGAAAAGCAGCGGGAGGAAGGGGGUGCGGACAGGCCUGUGCCGGGGGUGUGUGUGUGUGUGUGUGUGUGUGUGUGUGUACGUGUCCUUGCAUUGUGUGUUCACUCCCCACCUAAGACAGGAAGGACCCCUUAGCAAACCCGUUUACUUGCCGACUUGCCCCAUUUUUGCCAAAACCAAGAUUGCGAGGAAACGCCUAGCCCCAGCGGCGGGGUGAGGGCGUGGGGCAGCCCCCCGGGCGGGACGGACUCGCUUUCCUUCUCUGUAGCCAGACCCUGACAGGUCGUGAGUUCCACUGGCAUCAGUUCCACAGUGGCCUUCUGCUAUGUGCCUCCUGAGAAAUUCGUCUUUUUGUAUAAAUAACAAAGUGUUGAAAAUGUAUUUCCUGAAAUAAAUGUCCAAACGCAAACCUG